CUCGCCGGAAGGAGAGGAGAAAAGUUUGUGCGUACGAAUGAAGAAAAUACUUCCUAUGAAGAAUAAAAGAACUUGAUGGAAGAACCCUUAAAGCACCUUUACCUUCUAAGCAGAAGAAAAUUAUGAAGGAACAAUCCAUCUGACUCCCUCAGCAUCUCACACAGGACUCACAAUGGCUCUUUGCAAAAAAACUGUUGGUAGUGUCUUGGAAGAGUGGUGUUUGAAGGAACCACUGUUUGGUUGCAAACGGCACCAGAAUGUUAGGAAAAAACUGAGACUGAUAAGGAUAAUAGGGCUUCUUGUCAGUGUAGUGGCCAUUAGUACUUUCUCUCUUUCAAUUAGUGCCUUUUUCAAGAUGGAAACACAUAGCAAGGUGUUGGAUAGCAGCCUAGAUAGCCAAAAGCUGGUGCAUGGUCACCAAAGAACUCUGUUGGAUUUCAUGGAACAGAAUGAAGGUGGCACUCCAGAUUCACCUACGUCGAUGAAACAUGAAGCUGAACAUGACAAUGCAACAGAAGAGCAUUCCAAGGGAGAGUACCCAGAGGACCUUUUCUCUCUCGAAGAACGAAGAAAGGGUGCAGUGAUACUGCAUGUUAUUGGAAUGAUUUACAUGUUCAUAGCCUUAGCCAUAGUCUGUGAUGAGUUCUUUGUUCCUUCCUUGACUGUCAUCACUGAAAAGCUGAGCAUAUCCGAUGAUGUGGCAGGGGCAACCUUCAUGGCAGCGGGUGGCUCGGCCCCAGAACUCUUCACUUCUUUAAUAGGAGUGUUUAUAUCCCACAGCAAUGUCGGCAUUGGGACAAUAGUGGGAUCUGCUGUGUUUAAUAUCCUGUUCGUGAUUGGAAUGUGUGCUUUAUUUUCUAGAGAAAUCUUGAAUCUUACUUGGUGGCCACUCUUUCGAGAUGUGUCCUUUUACAUCGUUGACUUGAUCUUGCUAAUCAUCUUUUUUCUGGAUAACUUAAUCAUGUGGUGGGAAAGCUUAACGCUCCUGACAGCAUACUUUUGCUAUGUGACUUUCAUGAAGUUCAAUGUUCAAGUGGAAGAAUGGGUGAAAAAAAUUUUAAACAGGAACAAGGUUGAGAAGGCUACAACAGGAGACGCUGAAGGAAAGUCACCUACUUCUGGCGACAAGGAUGACCAAACACUGACGACCAAGCCACGGCUCCAGCGGGGAGGAAGCUCUGCAUCUCUCCACAACAGUCUGAUGAGGAACAGCAUCUUCCAGCUCAUGAUUCACACACUUGACCCACUUGCAGAAGGAAAAUUCAAGGAGAGGGCCUCAAUUCUGCAUAAGAUCGCCAAAAAGAAGUGCCAGGUGGAAGACAGUGAAAGGCAGAAUGGAGCUGCUAAUCAUGAGAAAGGUGCAAAAGUGGAAGUUGCAGUAACACCACCAAGCGAUUCAGGACCAGUGCAGAAUGGAAUUGCCCAUAAUGUUGAUGAGGAGAAUGAAGAGGACGAGGACCAGCCACUCAGCCUGGCCUGGCCUGACACCCCACGCAAGCAGCUCACCUACCUUCUUGUACUGCCUAUUGUUUUCCCUCUGUGGGUUUCCCUCCCGGAUGUCAGAAAUCCUAAGUCAAGAAAAUUUUUUCCUAUCACGUUUUUUGGUUCAAUCAGUUGGAUUGCAUUUUUUUCUUACUUGAUGGUCUGGUGGGCACAUCAGGUUGGAGAAACCAUUGGUAUUAGUGAAGAAAUCAUGGGCUUGACUAUUUUAGCUGCUGGCACAUCCAUUCCUGACCUUAUUACCAGUGUUAUUGUAGCACGCAAAGGUCUGGGGGACAUGGCUGUAUCCAGUUCUGUUGGAAGCAACAUAUUUGACAUCACAGUGGGCCUUCCUCUCCCAUGGCUCCUGUAUGCUGUGAUUAACAACUUUUCUCCGGUGACUGUCAGCAGCAAUGGUCUGUUCUGUGCGAUCGUCCUCCUCUUCAUCAUGCUGCUCUUUGUCAUCCUCUCCAUCGCUUUCUGCAAGUGGAGGAUGAACAAGUUCCUGGGCUUUCUCAUGUUUGGGCUUUAUUUCGUGUUCCUGAUUGUCAGCGUCCUCCUGGAGGACAAAGUGAUCCAGUGUCCUGUCUCCAUCUAGUGGAAAGUGCUGAUU